AUGCCUUCCUGGACCCAUCUUGUUCGUUUCGUCGCCGUCGAGGACAGUCAGGUCCACCUCGGUCAAUUAGUCGACACGACUCGCGAUGUUGGACGUGAUAGUGUCGACGGAGUGGAGAUUCCUGUCAAGGUCAUUGAUGGUACUAUAUUUGAUGGCCGUGUGACUGAGGAAGUCAUGCAUGUGAAGCAGCUGCUUGCGCCUGUUACACCUGAGCAGUGUAGCUACAUCCGUUGCCUGGGUCUUAACUACAUGGACCACGCACAGGAAGCCAACCUGCCCCUCCCCAAAGCCCCAAUUCUUUUCACCAAGCCCCGCACUGCCCUCGCUGGCCCCUACCCCGCCACAAUCAACAUCCCGAAGUGUGCACAGGAUGGAACCAGUGAUUACGAAGCUGAGCUCUGCCUGGUCAUUGGAAAGUCUGGCAGGGAUAUUCCAGAAGAUGAAGCUCUAGACUAUGUCCUGGGCUAUACGGCAUCCAACGAUGUCUCUGCCCGCACCAUGCAGAUGAUUACAGCACAAUGGUCAUUCUCCAAGGGUCUCGAUGGAAGCUGUCCCAUCGGUCCAGUCCUUGUGGCACCCUCCGCGAUCAAAGAUCCCCAAGGCCUGUCAAUCAAAGCCAUUCACAACGGGGCUACUGUCCAGGAUGGAAAUUCUAAGGAUAUGAUCUUCAACAUAAAGAAGCAGAUCUCCUAUCUCUCUCAGGGUACCACACUUGAGGCAGGGACACUGUUUUUGACAGGAACGCCCGCUGGAAUUGGAUACUUCCGGGAGCCGAGAGUCGUUCUCAAGGACGGUGAUGAGAUCUCUGUGAAGAUCGAUCAGAUCGGUACUCUCAUUAACAAGGUCCGCUAUGAAGCUCGGUAG